AUGAACGACCUUAAUUUCCGUGUCGCGACCGAAGCGGACGCGCCUCGACUCCAGCAGUUGGUGGAAUCUGCGUUCCGCGCCGAGGACAGCAGAAAAGGCUGGACCGAUGAUCUAGGCCUCUCGGCAAGCUUUCGCCUGGAUGUCCAAGAGAUCUUGGCCAUGAUCACCAAGCCGGACAGUGUCUUUUUGAUGGCCACCGACGAUGAAAAUACGCUCGUCGGCUCAAUCGGGACUUCCAAACGCGACAUAAACCACGCUCAUCUUUUUAUGCUUGCCGUCGAUACAAGCCAACAGCGCGGCGGCGUUGGGAGACAAGUCUUGGCUUACGCUGAAGACUAUUCCCAGAGGACUUGGGGUGUUACCACGCUGGGAUUAAAUGCCCUUUCGAAUCGCCAGCAACUUAUCUCGUGGUAUUCGCGUCGUGGAUACAAAGAAACGGGCGAGACAUCGCCCUUUCCUCGUGAGAAGUUCGCGAACUUGGCGUUACCGGAUGAUCUUUGUUUUGUUGAAUUUGAGAAGGUUCUGGAAUAG